AUGGCCUCCUCCGACGUGAACACAGCACCCCCGAAGCUUGGCCAGAAGGCCGGUACCUCGUCCAAGGCACGCACUGGCUCCUCUGCCUCCAGCGUUGCCUCGAGCAAAGCCGGUGCGAGCCCCAAGUCCGUCAAGAAGACUCCGCUGCGCAAGAAGGAGCCCGCGCCCAUCCCAGACGAUGCCGAAGAGGUGUCCGCGCCUGAGACCCCGUCGCCCAAGUCGAAGAAGACUGGUCGCUCGGAGCAACGUCGUCCCAUCUCUCCGCCUGACGACUCCGUGUCUCAGGCCUCUGGCUCGACGGCUCGGCGUGGAGAUGCUGCGUCUGGGCUGACCGGCAAGGCAAAGAAACUUGCCAACAAUGCAAAGGAUACCGCGCAGGAAGGUGCUGAUACUGCCACCGAUGCUCUGCCACUUGACCUGUCUGCGCUCAAGGGUCUCGAGGUCGCUGAUGGUGGUCAAGUCCUAGGCCAGGACGGCAAUGCCCUGGGUGAAGUGGUCGAAGGUGAUCCCGAGGACCUGGUUGGCCAGACAGUUGGUGACGAUGGCGAGAUCUUGGACGAGGAUGGCGACCUCAUUGGCCGUGUGGAUCUCCUACACGACGCUGUCGACCAGGCCAAAAACGUUCCCGAGGAAGCCCAGUCCAAGGCCGGCGAUGCCAAGGACCUGGUUACGGAUCUUGCUCAGCUGGAGGGUCUGCCUAUCUCCGAGGGUGGCGUGAUCAAGAAUGCCGCCGGCCAUGUCGUCGGUCAGAUUGUCGAAGGAAACCCAGAAGACCUGAUCGGAUACACUCUCAACGACGAAGGCGAGAUUGUCGACGACGACGGCGAUGCUAUUGGCCGCGCGGAUCUGGUCCCCGUCGAAGAGCAGAAGAAGGCCAUUGACCAAGCCGUCAAUGAUACCACGGACGAGGCUGACGGUCUCAAGGGCGAUGACGCUGAAGACCAGCUUGAAGAUGCGCAGAACGGCAUCCCUAACGAUGAGGCCCAGGACACCGUGGAAGAGGUCGCCGAUAAAGCUCAGGAUGAGGUUCCUGACGCUGAUGAAGCCAAGGACACCGCGGAAGAUGUCGCCGAUAAAGCUCAGGAUGAUAUUCCUGACGCUGAUGAAGCCAAGGACACCGCGGAAGACACUCUCGACGACGCCAAGGAUACAGCCGAAGAUGCCACCGAAGAAGCCAAGCAGCGAAUCCCAGCAAUCGAGACCCUCGAGGGCCUGAAGUGCAACAAGCGUGGCUACAUCGUCGACCAAUCUACCGGCAAGCCCGUCGGUGAAGUCAUCGAAGGCGACCCCAAGAAGCUGUCCAAGCUUGGCGCGACGCUGGACGAGAACGGCCAGUUCUGGGACAACCGCGGCAACGUGAUCGGCAAGGCGAAGGCGCUCCCCGUUGAAGACGACAACGACGAAGAAGGGCCGUUCUCAGGUCUUGAGGGUCUUGUCGUUGGCCAGGAUGGUUGGAUCGAAGACGAGAACCAGACUCGUGUCGGCCGACUUGUUGACGGUGAUGCGAAGAAGCUGAUUGGACGGGCCGUUGAUGAAGAUGGCGAGGUCCUCGAUCGACAUGGUAAUACCAUUGCGCGGGCUGAGCGCUGGGAGGAACCCGAGGCACCUGAAGAGGAGGCCAUCGAUCUCUCUUCUAUGAACGGUCUCUCCUGCAACAAGGCCGGUUAUGUCAUCGGACCUGACGGAUUCCCCAUCGGACGGGUUACCGAGGGUAACCCGAAGGAGUUGGUUGGCAAGAAGAUCGAGGAGGGUGAGAUCUACGACGGCAAGAAGGUUGUCGGUCGCGUCGAGCUCAUUCCUGAGAACGAGCGCGAGAGCAAGGCCGAAGGUCCGUUCGCGGGCAUGGAAAGCCUCAUUGUCACCAAGGACGGGUUCGUUGAAGACGAAGACGGUACUAUUGUCGGCCAGCUUGUCGAAGGCGACCCCAAGAAGCUGCGUGGUCGUGCCGUGGAUGAAGAUGGAGAAAUCGCCGACAAGUACGGCAACGUCAAGGGUCGCGCUGAGCCGUACGAGCCCCCAGAGGAGGAAGCCCCCGCCGAGGAUGACCUAUCCUGUCUCGAAGGCAAGGUCGUCAACAAGUCAGGCAACGUCGUCGACCCUGCCACCGGUGCUGUCUUUGGCCGCAUCGUCGAGGGCGACAAGCGACUGGCCGGCCGCAAGGUCGACGGCAAGGGUCAGGUUUGGGGUGACAAUGGCAAGGUCGUCGGCCGGGCAGAGCUCAUUCCCGGCGCGGAGCAGCACAAGGCCGAGGGCCCGUUCUUUGGCUUCGAUAACGCACAGGUCGGUAAGGAUGGCGUGGUCGUCGAUGGCGACCGCAUCAUCGGACGUCUGACCGAAGGCGAUGCCAAGCGCCUCCUGGGUCGCAAGGUCGAUGAGGACGGCGAUGUCCUGGACAAGAACGGCAACACCAUUGGCAAGGCUGAGCGCUGGGAGCCCGAGGAGAAGAAGCGCGAUGUCAACCCCAUGUCCGGCCGCAAGGUCAACAAGGAGGGUGAGGUGCGCGAUGCCGACGGUAACCUCAUCGGCAAGCUGACCUCGGGCAACCUGGCUACCUUGGUUGGAAAGGUCAUCGACGACAACGGCUUUGUUGUUGACAAUGACGGCAACAAGCUGGGAGAGUGCACUUUGCUGGAAAACAUCCCCGAGGAAGAGCCCGAGGGCCCUUCGCCUGAAGACGAAAAGGCAGAGACCGACCGCAAGCUGGCUGAGAAGAUGUGCAGCAUCCUUAGUCAGACCCUGGAGCAGGUCAAGCCGAUUUGCAACAUGAUCACCGAGUACAUCGAGAAAGCCGACCGCACCCCGAAGGAAGAGCUGGACGAAGAAAAGCUCGUCGAGAACGUCAAGCCCCUUCUGGAAGAAGGCGGCCGUAUCCUUCAAGAGUGCAACGGUUCCAUCCGCGCUCUCGAUCCCGAUGGCCGCAUCGCCUCCACAGCCAAAGCGCGCGCUGCCUCGCGCGAGGCUUCGUCGGAGGAGUAUCAGCUGGCCGAUAUGCUCAAGCAGCUGACCGAGACGGUGGUCAAGACCAUCGACAACGGCCGCAAGCGCAUUGCCGACAUGCCUCAUGCCAAGAAGCAACUGAACCCGCUUUGGGGUCUGCUCUCCGAGCCCCUUUUCCAGAUCAUUGCCGCGGUGGGCUUGUUGCUCACUGGUGUUCUGAAUCUACUGGGUCGUCUGCUGGACGGUCUUGGGUUGGGCGGCAUCUUGGAUGGUCUGCUGGGUUCGCUGGGGUUGAACCGGUUGAUCGAGGGUCUGGGACUUGGCGGGUUGACGGAUGCCCUGGGACUUGGAAAGAAAUAA